AGUCCAGCGGCAGCAUCAGUAAAGAUGAGCACAUCAGCCAGGUGGUUCAGGACAUCCAGAGGAAACUGCCCAUGCUCUUUGACCUGGAUAUGAUCCCCAAGAAACUGGGCGCUAAGGUCUCUCCCACCACAGUGGUGCUGCUACAGGAGCUGGAGCGCUUCAACAGGCUGGUGGUCCGCAUGCAGCGCUCCCUGGCUGAGCUGCAGAGGGCCUUGGCAGGAGAAGUGGGCAUGAGCAGUGAGCUGGACGAGAUCGCCCACGUGCUCUGUUUAAUGGGCACAUCCCUGCUGUUUGGAAGAGACUGGCUCCAGACACUCUCAAGUCACUGGGCAACUGGAUGGGCCACUUUAGGAGGAGACAUGAGCAGUACCACCACUGGGUGGAGGAGGGUGAGCCUAAGGUCAUGUGGCUGUCUGGACUGCACAUCCCAGAGUCCUACCUGACCGCUCUGGUGCAGACAGCCUGUAGGAGGAACGGCUGGCCCCUAGACCGGUCCACUCUCUACACCCAGGUCACCCAGUACCGCAGUGAGGAUGAAGUGCCCGACCGCCCCUCCCAGGGCUGCUUCCUGUCUGGCCUGUACCUGGAGGGAGCAGACUGGGACAUGGAGCAGGGCUGUUUAGUUCGGAGCAAACCGGAAGUCCUGGUAGUAGAGCUGCCCAUUCUCCACAUUAUUCCCAUCGAGGCUCGCCGCCUCAGACUGCAGGAGAGCCUGAGGACCCCCGUGUACACCACGUCUCUGCGCAGGAACGCCAUGGGAGAGGGCCUGGUGUUCGAGGCCGACCUGAACACGGCCGACCACCUCUCCCACUGGGUGCUGCAGGGUGUCUGCCUCUACCUCAACACAGACUGAACCAAUGGCAAAAUAAUAUAAUAUAAUAAUAAUAUUCACAUUAUUAAAUCCAUGUUUGAAUCUA